GUGGAAGUAAGACGGCUUAGGGGGGAGGCAGGACGAAAGGAAGAACCAAAGGAGGGAAAGCCGCGCCAGGUCCUCCCCGCCGGGAAGCAGGAGUCCGGCUGUCGCGCGGGCUCGAGGCGGGUGGCGCGCUGGGUGCAGGACGAAAGCAGGAGGCGGCGCGGCUGCCGCGGACUGAGGGGCUGGCGAGGCAGGCGGCGGCGCGGCUGCCGCGGACUGAGGGGCUGCGAGGGAGGCAGCGCCACGGACGAGUUAGGGCCAGGGCAGGGGAGGCGGUGCCUCCCGACCGAUCCCGGAGAGUAGCGUCGGGCUGAGGAAAGCCCAGUAGAUCCCAGCUCGGCGCCCGGCAACCUUCGACGCGAUGUUCCGCUGGAGCUUUAACCGUUUUUGUGCUGGAGAAGAGAAAGGAGUUGGUACACGCACAGUGUUUGUUGGCAGUCAUCCAGUUUCAGAAACAGAAGCUUACAUUGCACAAAGAUUUUGUGGUAAUAGAAUAGUUUCAUCUAAGUAUACACUUUGGAAUUUCCUCCCAAAGAAUCUGUUUGAACAGUUUAGAAGAAUUGCAAAUUUUUAUUUUCUCAUCAUUUUCCUUGUACAGGUCACAGUAGACACACCAACGAGCCCAGUUACCAGUGGACUUCCACUUUUCUUUGUUAUAACUGUUACAGCCAUCAAGCAGGGAUAUGAAGAUUGGCUAAGACACAGAGCUGACAAUGAAGUCAACAAGAGCACUGUUUACAUUAUUGAAAAUGCACAGCGAGUACAAAAAGAGAGUGAAAAAAUCAAGCUAAAGGAUGGUGAAUUUCAUUGA